AUGGACUCGAAUCAUCUCACUACGCAGGUAUCUACCAUCAUCGGCCAACUACAUGGAUUGUUCGACGAGAUUGGCGUCCCCAGUCACGAGAGGGAAUCAAGAGAGUCGGAGCUCUUCACUGCUCUGUCAGAAACACUACAUAAUCAGCUGCGCUUGGUCACAGCCGAGAAAAGCGAGCUUACCGAAGAGGCUCACCGAAUGAUCAAGACAAUCAAGCAGAUGGAAGCGUCGCUGGAAGAUCCCGCACCUAAAGAUGCGUACUUGCUAGAAGAUACAGAGCUGAAAGUCACUGUACCUCUCACACGAUGCCUACAAGGUCUGAAGGAGAAGCGCAACACUAUUGCCAAAAUCCACCGUGAGAGGUUUGAGCAGGUCAAAAAACUCGUUCAGGCGCUUGAGUCCUAUUCUUCCCAUCUCGAGCCAUCAUUCAUUCAAAUCACGCUACCGCCCACAUCAAAUAAUUCCUCGCUUCCCCCAACAUUCGACCUUUCACCAUCAUAUAUCGCAUCACUCGACAAUGAAUUUUCCCGGGUGUAUGAGGAGUACACACGGCGUAUUGCCUCCGUCAAAGGUCUGGCGGAAAAUAUAGUGAACCUUUGGGCAGAGCUAGGCACACCGCAAGCCCAAACAGAAAGUUCGAUCGUGAAGUACUACCGAGAAGCCCCAGAGCAAUUAGGACUCCACGAACACGAUAUCCAGCGAUUGCAGGCCAAACGCGACAGGCUCAUUGAGGAGAAGCGGGGCCGUGAACGAAAGUUGAAGGAGCUAAGGAGUACCGUUGAAGGCCUUUGGGAUCGUCUUGGUGUGCAAGAGACGGACCGCAAGCAAUUUCUAGCUGGAAAUCGAGGAUGUGGAUUGAGAGUCAUCAAUGAAUUCGAGGCGGAGCUGGAUAGGUUGAAUGAGUUGAAGCGACAAAAUCUGCACCUGUUCGUUGAAGAUGCACGGUAUAAGCUUCAGGAGCUAUGGGAUUGUCUCUAUCUUUCCGAGGAAGAGAUGCUUGAAUUCGCACCGGCAUUUUCUGACGUCUUCAGCGACGCUCUACUUUCGGCACAUGAGGCGGAAAUCUCGCGCCUUGAAAUAUUGAAGGAGCAGCGCGCGCCUACCCUGCAGUUAAUCGAUAAACAUCGAUCAUUGAUCACAGAUCGAGACGAUCUGACAGCUGCAAGCCAGGAUGCUUCGCGACUCUUGGGAAAGAACAACAAAGGAGAAAAGCGUGAUCCGACCCGACUGUUGAGGGAAGAGAAAAUGAGGAAAAGGAUUGCAAAGGAUCUGCCCAAAGUUGAGGUGGAACUCAGGAAAACUUUGGAGCGUUGGGAGGAUGACUACGGCCGGCCUUUCCUAGUUCAUGGAGUACGGUACCUGGACGAAUUAGUGGCAGCAGCUGCAAAGAGCUUGCCACCAAGAUCAAAAACUCCCUCAGGCCCAGCACCAACGACACAAAAGGUACCACUGAAAUCUGCCCCAGCGCCAUCAUCAUCACGAGCUGGUAGUGUCAUGCGUGCUUACCCACCUUCUCGAUCUGCCACAGCAACACCAGCAGGUACACUUAGACGAAAUCCUAUGGCAAGCUCAGUCUCUACCACUGGAGGAAGAACGCCGUCUAAGAUUCCAGCUCGUGUUCCAUUGGGCAAUAUGCAGCACGGCGGAAACUCACCAGAGCGACGUGCAGCUGCACUAGGGCCAUCAUACGACACUAGCACCAUGCGAAAGAUGGGGCCACCUGCGAGGGCCCCACCUCCAAUGAUGAGAGACUUGUUUGUACCUCCCAAUGCGACUCCCUCCAGUGCUUAUGAUGUGGAGAACAUGCGAUGCGAGAGUGCUGCAUCAUCAACCACUGGGAGCGUUCGGCAGAUCACACCAGAGGAUGUGUAUGAUGACCGAGAGCGUAUGUCAUACGUACAAACAUCCAUAAUGCAGUCAGAGCGAAACACACCUCAAAAUUACCGAGACGCGCAAGCUUCAGCGCGGUACGAUACUCGUCACCAACAAUACGUGCCAGUUGCCGAUAGCAGACAAAUAUCAACAACGUCGACCUCGACGACGGCCGCUUCUGGAUCGGAGAAUUGGGAGACCUUUGACGACGCUUCUGAGCCGGAGGUAGAUCUAAGCGAAGCGUACUAUGCUAAGCUGCGAGCUGCGAAGACCGGGAAGCGCUUUGAACCAGAAGGAGGGUACACACCACCCCGUCCUGGGAAAAAGGUUAAAAGCGUGUACGGCACCGGAAUCAAUGGUCAAAACGUGAUCGAGGAAGAAAGUGGGCGCAGGCUUGUUACGGGAAGCGAGUCUGCUUGGACGGAUGAAGAUGCCUUCUGA